UUAAACUACAAUUCCCAGGACAACGUACAGCGAAAUCGAGGCAGUGUAAAUAAAACUCCAGGAACAUGAAACGUUCGAGUGACAGUGAGAGAAAGAAGAAAAGAAAGAGACAGAAGCUGCUGCAGGAGCUGGGGGGUCAGCACAUUCCCUUCCUCUCCCCCACAGACACUGGAUUCCAGCAGCUGUGGGAGUCAAGUUACUCUGGCCUGGCCCUGCGGCAGGCCGAGUCCCUGCCCUCCGACCUGCACGAGCGCGUGCGCUCCGCCCUGCGCUCCCUGCAGCGCCGCGGCUGCCUGUUCCGGGACCUGGUGCGCAUCCGGGGGAGGGACGUGUUCACCGCCGUGUCCCGCGCCCUGGUGGGCCGGCCCGGCGACACCUACCGCUACCUGGGCACGCGGCUCUUCGCCCUGCCGUGGCACGAGGAGGAGCGGGACGGGGGCGCCGCGGACGUCUGCUGCGACCGCGAGCUGAGCGACGCCUGCCGGGCCCUCUGGGAGCUCAACCAGUUCUUCUGCCAGGACGUGGAGCGCAGGGAGGCGGCGGGGGGCCAGGGGGGCAGUGAUGACCCGCCCAAGGGCCAGGGGGGUAGCGAGGACCUGCCCGAGGGCCAGGGGGUAAGCGAUGACCCGCUCGAGGGCCAGGGGGGCAGCGAUGACCCGCCCGGCGGCCAAGGCAGCUCCGAGCCGGACGCCUUGGGGACCGGCCUCGCGGACCCCCGGUUCAACAUCACCCUGCUGAACUACAUGGAUCCGGCUGCGAUGAAGGACCUGAAGGAGGAGCCGUACUACGGCAUGGGCAAGAUGGCGGUCAGCUGGCACCAUGACGAGAACCUGGUGCCACAGUCCCCCGUGGCCGUCUACAACUGCAGCAGCCCGGACGAGAAAGGUGCUGGUUCGCAGGAUGGAGAGGUGGAUGGGGCCUGCUGGCGUGUGGGGCUGAAGGUGGCCUGGGACAUCCACACCCCGGGGCUGGCGCUCCCCCUACAGUCUGGAGACUGUUACUACAUGCGAGAUGACCUGAACAGGACCCACCAGCACUGCGUCCUGGCAGGAGGGACGCCUCGAUUCAGCUCUACGCACAGAGUCGCAGAGUGUUCCACCGGUACUCUGGACUACAUCCAAAGACGUUGCCGGGAGGCUUUGGAGAACUUGCAUGUGGACCCGGACACCGGCUCCAAGACCCUGCGCUCCCUGCAGCCCUCCGCACUGCAGCUCUCCGAGGAGAUACACAAUGAGGUGGAGUUCGAGUGGCUGCGGCAAUACUGGUUUCAGGGUCGGCGCUGUGCCCCGUUCUGCAGCUGGUGGAGCAAACCGAUGGAGCAGCUGGAGGAGUCCUGGGACCAGAUGGAGAGCAUGACCCAGCUGGCCCUGGCGGCCGCAGAGGAUGAGGGGAGCUCGGAGGAGCGCCGGAGGGAGGUGGCUGAGACCCUGCUCGCCGCCCUGACCGACCGGCAGGAGCAGAGGCAGACCUGGAGGGACAGGUGCCAGUCCAGCCUGGCCCAGACCCUGCCCCCGGAGGAGGCCCCGGUGAACAGGCCCUACUGGGGCGAGGACGACCCCCCCCGACCCCUGCCCUUCGACCUGACCGACAUCAUCAGCCGGGUGGAGUCUCUCCUGUGGCGGCUUUGAAGGACAGCUGUGAGAGGGGAGGUCCCAGAGCCCCCACCCCCCCGCCCCCCGCCUACACCCCCCCACACCCCCGAC